AUGGCAUCCAUUAAUCUAUUCAACUUUUCAGAGACUGACACAAUGCAUCUCGGCUCAGUAAAUGAUCACAUCAUGCCAAGAAUAGGCUACACCAUUUUGUCAAUAAUUAUGGCUUUGUCCUCCACUUUUGGCAUCAUCUUGAAUAUGGUGGUGAUUAUUGUGACAGUGCGGUACAAACAACUGCGUCAGCCACUAAACUAUGCUCUGGUUAAUCUAGCAGUGGCUGAUCUUGGUUGUGCUGUGUUUGGGGGGCUACUCACAGCAGUCACCAAUGCCAUGGGCUACUUCAGUCUUGGCAGGGUAGGAUGUGUUUUGGAAGGAUUUGCUGUUGCCUUCUUUGGUAUUGCUGGUUUGUGCUCGGUCGCAGUUAUUGCUGUUGACCGCUACAUGGUAGUAUGCAGACCAUUAGGUGCAGUGAUGUUCCAAACCAAACAUGCCCUGGCAGGCGUGGUUUUUUCCUGGGUCUGGUCCUUCAUAUGGAACACGCCACCACUGUUUGGAUGGGGCAGUUACCAGCUGGAGGGUGUGAUGACCUCCUGUGCUCCCAACUGGUACAGCAGAGACCCAGUCAAUGUCUCCUAUAUCCUGUGCUACUUCAUGCUCUGUUUUGCGCUGCCUUUUGCCACCAUUAUCUUCUCUUACAUGCACCUCCUUCAUACCUUAUGGCAGGUGGCUAAGUUGCAAGUGGCAGACAGUGGAAGCACGGCCAAGGUUGAGGUUCAAGUGGCCCGUAUGGUGGUCAUCAUGGUCAUGGCCUUUUUGCUUACAUGGCUGCCAUAUGCAGCCUUUGCCCUGACUGUGAUCAUUGAUUCAAACAUCUAUAUCAACCCAGUGAUUGGCACAAUACCCGCAUACCUGGCCAAGAGCAGCACUGUCUUUAACCCCAUCAUUUAUAUUUUCAUGAACAGACAGUUCAGGGACUAUGCUUUGCCUUGUCUUUUAUGUGGAAAAAACCCUUGGGCAGCCAAAGAAGGACGAGACUCAGACAUCAAUACAUUAACUACUACAGUCAGCAAGAACACCUCAGUGUCACCAUUAUAACCAUAAGUAUCACCGUAUCAUAACCUAAAAAACGGGUGUUUCAAAUAUUCAGUAAUUUUCUUUUCUAUGUGUAUAAUAUUUGUGAAUAUUUCACAGUGUAAUUUAGUUCUGGAAUUUAUUUUGUCUGGAUAUUUUAUUUUUGCUGAAUGGUAUAGUUUAAAGACAUAGUCUGUAAGGUAUGUCUGGAUUCAUAGAAUACAACAUAUAUUAUUUUUUAAGCUUAUCCUGCUACAUUUUAUCAGAAAUUGACAAAUAAAGCAUUGUU